AUUGGCUAGAAAGCCGCUCUGUGGGCUUUCCUCUUCCGCUGGGCGCUGACCUUGCCGGGAGCGGGGCGGUGGGCUGCAGCGAUGGUCGCGUAUUGGCGGCAGGCUGGGCUCAGUUAUAUCCGGUAUUCCCAGAUCUGUGCCCAGGUUGUUAGAGCGGCAAUGAAGCCUCAGUACAAAGCGGAGGCAGAGAGGGUGGCAAUGGCCACUGUGAAAACUGUGAAGCCCAAGAAAGAAUAAAAUGAACUGAUCUGUGGUGAAUAUGCUAACGGCAAACUGCAAAGCUGUAGGCAAGCUCAAGACUCUGCAAUAGGAUGUCAUCACGUUAACUGUAACACUUGCCUCUGUGUAAAGCAGUAUGCUAAUAAAUGUAAUUUCUGUUGAA